AUGGGUAGUUUUUUACACAUUUUCUUCUUUCCUUUCAUGGGUCAUGGCCAUAUCAUACCCACCAUUGAAAUGGCCAAAUUAUUUGCAGCAAAAGGUGUCAAAGCCACAAUCAUUACCACACCUCUUAAUGAACCUAUUAUCUCUAAAGCUAUACAAAAAUCCAAAACUAUUGGUCACAAUAUUCAUAUUCAAACCAUACUGUUUCCUUCCUCAAAGGCUGGUUUACCAAAUGGAUGUGAAAAUGUUGACUCACUCCCUUCACCGGAAUGGUUUCCUAGCUUCUGUUUGGCGACAAAUUUGUUACAGGAACAACUUGAAGAACUAUUACUUGAGCAAAAUCCAGAUUGUGUUGUUGCCGACAUGUUUUUCCCAUGGGUGACUGAUUCUGCUCACAAAUUUGGAAUUCCUAGACUUGUGUUUCAUGGAUAUUGUUUCUUUUCCUUGUGUGCUACAGAGUGUAUGAGACUCUAUCAACCUUUUAGAAAUGUUUCUUCUCAUACUGAAUCCUUUGUUAUUUCUAAUCUUCCCGGUGAGAUUAAAAUGACUAGGUUGCAGAUAGCCCCUUUCGAAAACUGGGAGGAAUUCGAAGGAAUGGCUAAACUAAUGUAUGAAGUAAAGGAAUCGGAACUUAAGAGCUUUGGAGUGGUUGUUAACAGCUUUUAUGAACUUGAAAAUGUUUACGCAGAUUAUUACAGGAAGAUACUUGGAAGAAAAGCAUGGCAUAUUGGUCCUUUGCCUCUUUGGAAUAAAGAAGCUCCUGUGAAUCAACCUCAAGACAUGUAUCUAAAAUGGCUGGAUACGAUGAAACCAAACUCAGUUGUUUACGUGUGCCACGGUAGUAUGGCACACUUUUGUAACUCUCAGCUUAGAGAAAUUGCCAUGGGACUUGAGGCUUCAGGACAGAAAUUUAUUUGGGUGGUUAGGAAAAAUGAAGACGACGGAGAAGAAUGGUUACCGGAAGGAUUUGAGAAGAGAAUGGAAGAAAAAGGAAUGAUAAUUAGAGAUUGGGCACCACAAGUGUUGAUUCUUGAACAUGAAGCAGUUGGUGCAUUUGUGACUCAUUGUGGAUGGAAUUCGGUUUUGGAAAGUGUCAUUGCAGGGGUGCCUAUGGUUACUUGGCCUAUGUCUUCUGAGCAGUUUUACAAUGAGAAGUUGUUGACUGAGGUGCUUAAAAUUGGUGUUCCUGUUGGUGCUAAAAAAUGGGUUGGUUUGGUGGGAGAUGAGGUUCAUUGGGAUGCAUUGGAAAAGGCAGUGAAGAGGAUUAUGGAAGGUGAAGAAGUAGAAGAAAUGAGGAAGAGAGUGAAAGUGUUGUCAGAGUUAGCUAAGAAGGCUGUGGAAGAAGAAGGAUCAUCUUAUUGUGAUUUGAAUGCUUUAAUUCAGGAGUUGAGUUUGUUUAGAAAUUGA